GUUUGAAGUUUUGGGGGAACGAUCUCGAGAUGGUACCAGAAGAUGAAGACAAGGACCUCAAACUCCAGGCAUUUGUGAAAAACGGAACAUCUGAGCCAAUACAGUCUGCCCCAAGGCCAUCAUAUUUGAGUGCAAAAAACUACGUUUUCUUCUUGGGUCGACAGGUGGCAAAGGAGCGUGGGUUAGAGGUUUCUGAAACGACCGUAAGUGAGAACGAGAGUUUCAUUGUUGAGUUGCCAAAGUUGUGCGACCUCUUGAGGAAAUUGAAAGAUGAUUUACGAAGCGAUUAUGAAAAUUUUCUAGAAGAAUUUGUGAGCGAGCCACAAAAUGGGGUCAUGCUACUAUUAGAGCUGUUGAAGAUCUGUCAUGGACGCCAAUCAAACCAGGAGAGAAAUAAAUCUGUGCGGAAUCAGGAGCGACAAACUAUUCUCAAAAAAGCUCUGUCUGAUGAAUACGACAGCUUACUUUGUUUGAAACUUUCAGUACAGCUUCAUAAAGCCGUAAUCAGCAUCACUGAACACUACAGUGGACUUUCCAUUCUGGCUUCAUGUAUAAUGAGUAAUUUCACUAAGUCUCGAGUGGUGGCGCUUGAAAUUUUGGGCAAAGUUUGCGAUGUCUGUCCCGAAGGUUACAUCAAAAUCCUGGAAGCGAUGUCGUCGGUGAAACUAAUCUUUGGAGAAUCUGUAAGAUUCAAGUUUCUAGUGUCCAUGUUAAUGGGAAGUGGGAAGACUGCCCAGGGCUUUGAGAGGGUGACGCUCCAGUUUCUAAAUACGCUACUUAACAGAUGUCCGAGGCCAGCUGAGAGAGUUAGGCUACAGUGUGAACUAGAAGAGGCUGGGCUCAAUAUUGAUAUUUUGGAAAAGAAGCUGGAAAUGAAAAACACGCCACCUAAUGAUGAAGUUUGGAAAGAAACUCGUAAAUGGAAAGAUAAUUACUUGGAUGUACAAGCAACGAUGAAGGAAAACCACACGAUAUCGUCAUUAAACUCUAAUCUACAGCAUGAGGUUAUAUUGUUGAGGAGUGCUAUAAUGAAUCUGGAGGAAGACAAUAUGAGACUUAUGCAGAUAGAAGGCGAGAAUACAAAGACAAUGACUAAAGCUGAUGACAGUGACGACAGUGAUUUCAUAACCACAGAUUCUGGUCGUCACAGUUUCCAAACUGAAGAUGAAAAUGACCGACCAGAAAACGAAGAAAUACUGAUUGACAUUCCUACGAUCCGCCCACCUGCGGGCUUUCGAUCCCCAACAGAAGAGGAUUGUCUCAGUGAGGACCAAGAACCCCACAACUUCAUUCGAGAGGUGGAUCCUCUCGUAUCGAAUGUGGAUUUGGGCCUUGACUGGAGUUACCCCAAAAUACCCCAAGUCAAGAUUAUACCUUAUACACAGACUUUUUCUAGGAAUAGUGAACUAGUCAUGAGAAGAUCAGCCGACAAAAACACAGACUUUGUAAAUGGAGAAAUGAAGUAUUCUCAAAACAAUGACAAUUUCGAAAAAAAAAACUAG